AUGUGCAAACACUGCAGAACAACAGAAGAAACAACAGAACACAUCCUCAGGAAGUGUGGGAAAACUGCUGGACUUUGGAGACAUUUCAGAAACAAGCUUAAGGUGGAUGAUAAUAGAAUCAACUUUCAGACAUGGUUGAUAAAGAAUAUGAUGGAUCAGCAUACAGGAGUUGACUUUGGCAUUAUCUGCUGGAACUUGUGGAAACAACGAAAUGAAGAAGCAAUGGAUGGCAAAUCUUAUUCAGAAGCUGGAUUGAUUCAGAGGGUGAAUGCUUGGAUUAACAUCUACAGCCAAGCAUUGAUUAAUGCUCAGAAAUGCCUUGCACCUGUUGACAAGACCAAAUCUAGUCUCGAGAUUGCUUGGAAACCUCCAAGAGAGGGCUGA